GCGGCCGUUAUUUUUCUCCGUUUACAUUCUGUCGAAUCCUCGAUCUACGAAAAUAAACGAUGCUCGCCGCUCAUCCACAGCCGAUAUGAACAUUUAUUUAUUUGUUUAUUUUUUCACCGUAACUUUCUUCGAAUUAUCACCGAAGAUGUUUGCUCGUAUCGAUUUUGCUCGCUUCACCUCUCGAGGGGAUGAAUUAUAAUCGCAAGAGACAGAGAGAGUCUAUAAUAGAGCCGCUUUUUACACGAAUUCCGACGAUCUACUAUUAUUGUAUAAAGUUCUCCGAUGUGUUUCAGUGGAGGACAUAAUGGAGGAGUUCCGUCAUAAUGGACGCGAUUUCGAAUACUGUCCAGACUUCGAGAACGACAAGAUACUGGAAACGACGACGCCUCGUCGCAAAAAGAACAAGAAACCCUUGCCCACCGAAUGCGUUUUCUGCAGAAACAACGGCGAGGAGGAGGUUUAUUACAAGAAGCACUUGCUCAAGGACAACGAUGGCAAAGUACAGUGCCCGGUCUUGAGGGCGUACACGUGUCCGAUAUGCGGCGCGACCGGCGACGACGCGCACACUGUGAAAUACUGCAAGAAGAGCCCGAAGGGCAGCGGUACAUUGCCAACGGCGAAUGCGUUCAAGCUUAUGAGAAACUCGAUGGGCAAACGAAGGGUCAAGUAAAAGGGACCUGCACGUGUCAUCGUUCGCGUGCCAUGAAACGGAUACAGAAGAGAAACACAGAGAGCUGGAGAGAGAGAGAGAGAGAGAGGUGUCCGGUUAUAUUCGAGUGCCUCGAGGCUGACUAGAGAAAUGAAAGAAACUUCGAGCGAGAUCUCGGUAUCAUUUGCCGGUAGGUAAUCGAUAAUCGUCUCGCGUCGGUUCGAAGCGAACGAGGGCUGAAAUUGUUUCACCGGGAGAGAACGCUGCGUUUUACCGUUCGUUGAUCGAUCGAUCGGUCCAGAGAGUUACCUUACCCGCGAGCCAGAGGUUUCUCUUAUAUGUUUUGAAUCGAUAAGACCGGAUACCGAUAUCUGGCCUGCUGCACCAACGAGCAAAAUUCACCGUGCUCUUAGUACAACGCGACCUUUAAAGUAUUUCCCCUACUAUCGAAAUGGCAGCAGUCCAGGGUUACUCAACCCUUGAAUUCUCACUUCCCAUUUUCUUCCAAUUGAAUCCAACGUGAGAAGCUAAUUGCUCCAGUUAGUUCCGAAAAUUCGCAAUAAACAUUGUCUCAAAAUGUUUGACCGCGCACGUUGGAUCUUCAAGCGGCGAUCGAGCGAAAUAGAGAGAUAUAGUCGAGUUCGCAGGGAUGAACAUCGUCGACCAGCUGUAUCCAAAGAACUUAUAGUUGUAAGAACUAUUUAUAUAAGCUGUUGUGCCAUACGUUAUGGGAGAAAGGUGUGUGAUUCGAGGUGUUCUCGCGAUAGAGAGAUCCGUUUCGUAGACCGACAUUCUCGAUAUUCUUCGGUAUAUUGUACUUGUUCCUUCUUCCUUGCAUUCUCUUCUUUGAUCGUUUUUUUUUCUUUUAAAUUAUGCGUACGUAUAUUUACGCGUACAUGACCCUGGCGGUGUUCGAAUGCGUCAGCAUAGAGAACUCGCGGACAUCUUUAUCUUUACGGUAUUCUUUUUUCGAAAGGAUUUUUUAGGUGUUAAUAUAGGGAGAGAACGAACGUUUAACGAAGACUACGUAACAAGUACUGUGAUAAUGCGAACAUAAGACUAUAUUUUAUAGUACGAGGCGCGAGAUCAUUCUUCUUUCGAUAUCGAUGUUCUGACGAAUCUUCGAACAGUCAGCUAUACAUAUAUAUAUAUAUAAAUAAAUAAUAUAAUACACUUUCAUCUCGCACCGAUUGACGGCACGAGGGGCGAUUUAAAUUUUUCAGAGAUCGAGUAUAGAAAAUACUCGGACAAUUGAACUAGCGUUUGGACGCGUGACUUUUCUACGUCCAUUUUUCCCAAAUCGAAGGUAGUCCCGUUUUACUUAGCUAAUCGCGAGACUACGUUCGCUGCGUUCAGCGAAACUUCGCUGUUUACAAAAAAAUAAAAAACGGUUCAAGUUCCUAAGAGCAGCGUUUUUUAACGGCUCGCAUCGAGAACCGAGAUAUGAAUUUAAUCGAGUAAUUUUCUCGAGCAAUUUCUUCCGAAAAGAUCUAGCAACUUUUAAUCCGAUCCGACUUCUUACAGCGUUUCGAAGCGUGCGACCGCGUUUCUCGAUUUUCCAAAUCACCAGAACUCGUGUUUCGAGCAGCGUCACAGCGCCGAGAGAGAGAAAAAAUCCCAACGAAUUCGUGCUUCGGUCGCGACGUCUCGUUCUCCGAAUUCGCGCGUACGCGAGCGAAACGCUCCGUUCCACGCGUAUUCGACCGUCGUUCGUCCAAGGUAAUCCACGACAAAUCUAUUUUCUGUUUACCGUUCUUUGUCUCGGACGAUCGCCGGCCGAAUCGCUGCUCCGUCCAGGCGGUGUGUUUUUUCUUUUCCGCGGAACGGUCGCAAGUGCUGAAUAGAACACGCGCUCGAAAUGGCAGACGGCCGAGCGAGAGACAGAGAAACGGCGCGCUCGCUUCUCUCGCGGAAGCGAAGAAAAAAAGCUUCGGCCUUCGCCGUUCUAAUCAUUUUCUCCGAAUAGAAUACGUCGAUACUCGAUUUAUCGUAUUUUGUAUAUUUCCUAGAGUAAGGCUUAGAUUUAUAAAGAGGCUCACCAGGUAGCACCCGACGAUCCGGUCGUCGGCGAGCGGAACCGUCGAAGGGUCGCGAUUCGAUUCUCGGUGAUUCUCGAUGGGAAUACGGCACAAUUGGUAACCCAUCGGUUGCACAGUUGUGUACAAACAGAGCCCCACAGGCUCGUCUGGCCACAGCUUUUGUGUACAAAUAAGCGCGGAGCGUGUGCCAGCUCUCGUCGUCGGGUCCCCCGAAUUGUUUUAAAACUCGAUUUCCGAGCGAUUCGCGUUCCAGUGCAUACAGAAGAGUGCCGCCAUCGAAGAGCCAGUAGCACAACCCGACACAUCGAAUCUCGAAUCGAACGCCCUGUUCGUUCGAAUUUAUAGAGGGAUUUGUGAAUUUAGGAUACAAGCUCGCGAGAAGACUAUAUAUGUGUACUACGUUUUGUGGUCGAUGUUCCUGUAUCAAUUAACGGUAGUUAGGAUAUGUUUAGCGGGUAAGGAUCGCGACGAUUAUUCUAUAAAAGAGAGGACAACGCGUCGGCUGUCGUACAUUGACUGAGAGACAGCGGGGGGGUUGUUCGCGUUAACGAGACCAAAAAAUCCGGGGUUCAAGAAUCUCUUGAACAUUCGACGCCCUCGCGACACCCGCAACUCCGUGUAGACUAUUUUUUUUAUUACGAACGAUCUUCGAAAGUUUCCUCGUUGAGUUUAUCGCUGUUAAACUGUAUCUCGGGUCGCGCGAGGGGCGCGAAAUCGUGCCACUAAAUAGUCCGCUAUUUUAACGCGUUAGAUUUACCGGAAACCCGCCGUUGGGCGGGCUUUUCUGUAAGGGAAGAUAUAUUCUUUUAAAUAAGAAUCAUCGGAAGAACUAAGUAAUACGACGAGAUUGUUUCGCGCUCUCUGAACAUACGUUUAAAAAGUUCUUAACUGUCGAUUUUAAGAAUGUGUUAAUUAACUGGACUCUAGAUAAGAAAAAGGAAAGGAGAACAAUUUAUCCAGUAGAGAAUAGUGGACCAUUUAUUGCGUGACUAUUUCGUACAGGUAGCUGUAACGUUGACCAUUAGUAGGCAACAACAUUUAGGCUAAGGAGAAUUAUAGUUAUCCGUGGAGUUAUAUGGCUUCGAAGGGAGCUAAAAUUUGCCUGUGGAAACCGUCCAGGUACGUGGACAACAGUGAUGCUGGAGAGAGGGAGAGAGAGAGAGAGAGAAUGUAUGUAUGUAUGUGUGCGCGUGCGAGGGAGGGCUUUCGCGCGGAGCGAAAUGAUUCACAAUAAAACGUGAGAUGACGUUACUGUAAUCCGACACCGAGCGUGGUUCACGAUUAAGAGCGGCAAGUGAUAACGUAAUAAUAGCUGCGCGAGAGCGACUCCACAGUCAUUUACGAAGGUACAGCUUAAUCCCCGUGACGGUUAUUACGUUUGUAAUGCACCGCGUGUGUUCCAUUGGUUUCCCGACGUUCCCGUUUUUCCAUUCCACGCGCCAUCGAUGUAUCCUAACAUUCGCGCAAACCGAGCUUGUUUCCGCACAGAAUUGUACAAAUGUUAAUUUUUCCACGCAAUAUGUAUUUCAUUCGCAUCCGUUACGUGCCCUAAACGGCGAACGACGGAGCGUUGAAUGAUCGCGAUCACGCGCGACGCGACGACGAUGAAAAA